AUGACGGUCCUUUCACUAUUCUCAGUGCCUUUUGUUGCGCUUGUCCUUUCGCUAUGGAGCUGCUCUGUCUUGGCUUCUUCGGACUACCAUGAACACCUUCUCCUACAACCUCUACCGCAGUCUUCCCUACUAGCUUCGUUCAACUUCCGAAGCAAUACAUCGCAACAAUCAUUCGACCAACAGCAUUUCAGACACCUACCUCGAGCUCUUGGCCAAAUCCUACAACACGCUCACACAAAGGAGCUACACCUCCGCUUUACCACUGGAAGAUGGGAUGCUGAAAGUUGGGGUGCACGGCCAUGGAACGGCAGCAAAGAAGGAGGCACCGGUGCGGAGCUUUGGGCGUGGAUUGACGCACCGGGUGAUGAGGAGGCAUUUGCAAAGUGGAUCACCCUGACACAAUCCCUCUCGGGUUUAUUCUGUGCCUCACUGAACUUCGUGGACUCAACCCGAACUACUCGACCGGUGGUGUCUUUUGAGCCUACUGGAGACCACUCAGCUGCAGAUCAGCUGCAUCUUCUUCACGGAACACUCCCUGGAGAAGUAGUCUGCACGGAGAACUUGACCCCUUUCUUGAAGCUACUGCCCUGCAAAGGCAAGGCUGGAAUCUCCUCCCUCUUUGACGGGCACAAGCUGUUCGAUGCUGCAUGGCAGAGUAUGUCAGUUGACAUUCAGCCGGUUUGCGGUGCAGACGGCGAAUGUGUGGUUCAGAUCGAGCAAUCCGUGGACAUGGUCUUGGAUAUCGACCGGUCCAAGCGCUCUCGUUCAAACCCAAUUCCUCGGCCGGUGCCUAAUGAGCAGCUGAUCUGUGACACUUCCAAGCCUUACAACUCAGACGAUACCUGCUACCCGCUGGAAACAAGCGAUAAGGCGUGGAGCCUGACAGAAGUCUUCGGACGGAGCCUUAAUGGCGUGUGUCCUCUUGCAGACUCCGAUGGGACAAGCGAUCCAAGUGUGUGCCUUCGCGUUCCUCAUGAGCGUGGCGUCUUCAUCUCCGAAGGGGCCGAGGAAAUCAAGAAGGAAGACGGAUUUACCCGGUGUUUCAAGUUGGCAUCAUCGGCACCCUUCGAUCUCUCAAUUCCGCAGCAGCCGGUGAACACGCAAGUCCCACUGGAUGAGCCCGUGCUCCACGCAGAGCGAACCAUCGUCGGCCACGGCCAGGAGCGCGGCGGAAUGCGCAUCAUCUUCGGCAACCCCUCCAACACCAGCGACGUGGAUUUCAUCUACUUCGAGUCUCUCCCGUGGUUCCUGCGCCCAUACAUCCAUACUUUACACGCAACCAUUACAGGACUCGACGGCGUGCCGCGUGAGGUUCCCGCCUCCGAAAUCGUCAAGGAGACAUACUACCGCCCGGCCAUUGAUCGCGAGCGCGGAACACAGCUAGAACUGUCGCUGUCGGUGCCGGCCGCAUCAACCGUGACCUUGACUUAUGAUUUCGAAAAAGCCAUCCUUCGGUACACUGAAUACCCGCCAGACGCCAACCGUGGAUUCAACGUCGCGCCUGCGGUGAUUCGCAUCUUGGAUACGGCCCAUCACUCGCCAAUAUACAUUCGUUCCACGAGUCUACUUCUCCAACUCCCAACUCCGGAUUUCAGUAUGCCAUACAAUGUGAUCAUUCUCACUAGUACUGUUAUUGCCCUUGCUUUCGGGACGAUCUUCAAUAUCUUGGUGCGCAGAGUGGUUUCUCUGGAUGAAGCCGCUGUUCUUGGAUCCCAGAGUGUGAAAGGCCGACUCCUUGGAAAGGUAGUGGCCAUUCGUGAUCGAAUCCGUGGUAAGAGUAGUAAAGUGGAGUAG